AUCAUCAUAUUAAGUACAAUUCAGAAGAAGACAGAAACUGGAAAUUGGCGGAACCUGGAAACUAAUGGAAAGCAUAAGUUGACUAAGAAAACUAUGCAAAAAACACACAUGGUUCCAUGAAUCUUCUUCCUUCAUCAAAUUCCUGUGUGUUUAUGAUCUUUGCCCCCACCAAGCCAAGAGUGAGAAAUGGAAGCACCAUGGGCCACAACAAGUUCAAGCAUAGUUUUUGUGAUAGUGAUACUUGCUCUAACAUCAUGGGCAUGGAGGAUGUUGAAUUGGCUAUGGAUAAGGCCAAAGAGGCUAGAGAGGCUCCUAAGGGAACAAGGCCUUCAAGGAAACCCCUACAGGAUAUUGGUUGGGGACUUAAAGGAGAUUGUGAAGUUGCAAAUGGAAGCAAGAUCCAAACCCAUGAAUCUCUCCCAUGAUAUUGUGCCACGUGUGUUUGCACAUCUGCAUCAGAGUGUCCUCAAACAUGGCAAGAAUUCUUUUAUUUGGUUUGGACCAAAACCAAGGGUGACCCUCACAGAUCCUGAGCUGAUCAAAGAUGUACUUAACAAGAUCAGUGAUUUCCGAAAGCCUGAAGCAAAUCCACUUGCCAAAUUACUAGCUACUGGUCUUGUAAACUAUGAUGGAGAAAAAUGGAACAAGCACAGAAGAUUAAUUAAUCCUGCAUUCAGUUUAGAAAAAUUGAAGAUUAUGUUACCAAUAUUCUUCAAAAGUUGCAAUGAUCUAAUUAUCAAGUGGGAGGGAAUGUUGUCUUCUGAUGGAUCAUGUGAAAUGGAUGUUUGGCCUUUCCUUCAAAAUUUAGCUAGUGAUGUUAUUGCGAGAACAGCAUUUGGAAGUAGUUUUGAAGAAGGAAAAAGAAUAUUUCAACUUCAAAAAGAGCUAGCGGAACUUACAAUGAAAGUUAUCAUGAAAGUUUACAUCCCUGGAUGGAGAUUUGUACCUACUGCAACCAAUCGGAGAAUGAAGGAAAUUGAUAGAUAUAUAAAAGCUUCACUUAUGGACAUGAUUAAGAAGAGAGAGAAAGCACCAAAGACAGGUGAAGCUACUAGGGAUGACUUGUUAGGUAUACUUCUGGAGUCAAAUCACAAGGAAAUACAAGAACACAGAAACAAUAAGAAUGUUGGAAUGAAUCUCAAUGAUGUAAUCGAGGAAUGCAAGUUAUUCUACUUUGCAGGGCAAGAGACCACUUCAGUUUUACUUGUUUGGACAAUGGUGUUGUUAAGUAGGUACCCUGAUUGGCAAUCACGUGCAAGGGAGGAAGUCUUACAAGUCUUUGGCAAACAAGCACCAAAUUUUGAUGGGCUAAGUCACCUUAAGAUUGUCACCAUGAUUUUGUAUGAGGUUCUUAGAUUAUACCCACCAGGAAUUGGCCUUACUAGAAGUGUUCACAGAGAUAUGAAACUGGGAAACCUAACAUUACCUGCUGGAGUGCAAGUUUCCUUACCAAUAAUUAUGGUUCACCAUGACCGUGAACUCUGGGGUGAUGAUGCAAAAGAGUUCAAUCCUGAGAGAUUUUCAGAAGGGGUUUCAAAAGCGACAAAUGGCAGAGUUUCAUUUUUUCCAUUUGGAUGGGGUCCUAGAAUAUGCAUCGGACAAAACUUUUCCUUGUUGGAGGCAAAGAUGGCUUUGUCGAUGAUUUUACAGCAUUUCUCAUUUGAACUUUCUCCAGCUUAUACUCAUGCUCCGUUUACAGUGAUUACUCUUCAGCCCCAAUAUGGCGCUCAUGUCAUUUUACGUAAAGUUGAAAUGUAAAAUAUAACAAUAACCCUUAUUUUGAUUUGCAUUUCGCACUGCAAAGUUUAUAAUGCAAUAAUAGUAGAAGACUAAUUGUUACUUGUGUUGUGAAAUGCUAUUGAUGUACCAUGGCAGCAGGAUAUAUUCUACAAUUUAAAAAGUCAUUAGUGUUACUGUCA